AUGGGUAAAAUAAUUAAUUCAGUGAUAAGAUUAAAUAACAGACAAUAUGGAAAAUAUUAUGAGAAUUCAUACGAUAAUUCACUUUCUCGGCUAAUGGUGAGGCCGUGGGAUAAUUGGAGAGGAAUAAAUGCAUCAGGUGUUGGAGAACUUAAUUCUGAUCCACCAAUUUUUGCUGCAAAAUUCGCAACACUUGAAAAUUAUAAUCAUAUACUAGCUAUAGCUAAUGAAGAUGGAAGGAUUGCCUUACAAAAUACAUUUGUUAAGAAAACUAUUAAUGAAGAACUAUCGCUGGAAGGUGAUCAAUGUCAUUUUAAUGCAGUAUUUGAUAUUGCAUGGAUGCCUCAUCAUUUAAAACUCAUUUCUGCAUCUGGAGAUCAUACAGCACGUCUUUGGGAUGUAAGUACAUCAAAACUGACAAGCAUACGUGAAUUCAAUGGACAUUCGAGAUCAGUAAAGGUUGCGACAUUUCCUAAAAACAAUUGUAAUAUGUUUGCAACAGGCGGAAGAGAUGGUAAUAUUAUAAUUUGGGAUACACGGACAAAUCAUGAAGUUAUACAGCAUUCAACCACAAACAUUGAGAAUAGAAUUCAAAAUGCUCAUUUUGGAAGUCAUACAGGUCCAGCAACACCAUCGAGUCGACGAAGAAAUGCUAGAAAUACAACUCCCAAACUCCCUACAAAUGUCACAAAUUCUAGUGUUACAGGACUCGUUUUUCAAGACGAAAAUACACUCAUCUCCUGCGGUCCUGGAGACGGAUUCAUAAAAGCUUGGGAUCUUCGACGAUGCUAUUCGACACUAAAAAAGGAACCAAUUUCAAAAUAUAAUCUUCCAUACGCCGGCUCAUCAACAUUAAAAGGCUUUACAAAUUUAAUUGUGGAUGACGACGGAUCACGACUUUAUGCUAGUUGCAUGGACAGCAAUAUUUAUUGUUAUAACAUCUCAACAUUUUCAAAAGAUCCAUUUAUGGUCUAUACUGGAGCACAAAUUAAAUCAUUUUAUAUCAAAACAUGCUUGAGUCCUGACGGUGAAUAUUUAUUAAGUGGAAGUAGUGACGAGAAGGCAUACAUUUGGAAUGUUAAAAAUCCAAUUCCAUUAGUGUCACUUGUUGGACAUGCAUUUGAAGUCACGAGUGUAGCAUGGAGUCAUCAUCAAAAUAAUUUAGACGGUGGAAAUAUGUGCAUAGUGACUUGUUCUGACGAUGCAUGCCAUAAAGUAUGGCGAAUUGGACAAGAAGAACUACCAAAAGAUGAAGAAGUUCUUCUGCGUGGAAAUGCUGAAUUAAAUCCAGAAUAUUAUUCAUCCUAUAAAGUCAAACAACCACUUCCAAUAAAACAACAAUUUAAAUUGCUGGAAUCAACACCAAGAUCAAUUAAAAGAUUUAUUGAACAAAGUGAAACGACUCCCACAACAAUGAAUAGCACAAUUAAAGAUAAUUCCUCGGUUAUAUCGAUUAAUACAGGACGUAAAAGAUCAUUUCAUGAGAUUUGUGACCAUGAAAGUGACAAUCAAAAAAGUGAUGUAAAACGACCUAAUCUUGAGACUCGUGGUCGACGACUUUUUAGUCCAAAUGACUGUUCUGCGACAUAUCAUGAAAAUGAUUUAAUAAUUGAUGGACCAUCGAGAUCACUUACAACAAUUUUAGAGGAACUAGAUUCUCCACAAAGUAAAAACUUCCAAAAUCAUUCUCCGUCACCAGUUAAGAGACAAUUAAAUAUUCUAUGCUCACCAGAACCUCUUCGUAAAUUUGCAUCUCCACUCAAAAAGGAUCGUAGCUUAGCAUUAUUAAAUUCACCAACUACAAAUCUCCCAAACUAUGUAUUAGAUCCACGUGAAGCACCUCAUCUUACAAAUUUAGCAUCACCACAACGAAAAGUUAAGAAGGAAAAUGUAGAUUGGUUGACAAAAAUGAGAAAACAGAAAUUGUUAUCAUUAGGAAAUGGACUCGAGAGGAGCUUAUUAAGUCAGCAGUCGCAGUUGACGAUAGAAAAUCUUAGUGAUAAUGUUGAUAAAUUAAAGUCUAUAGAGAACAAGUCUGAUAAUAAUGAUGGAAAGAGAGUUCAACAGAAGAAGAAUGGCACAUCAAUUCUGAAAUUCUUUUCAGUAAAGCCAACAACUAGUUCCUCAUGA